AUGGUUCCUCUCAACGAAAUCACUGCACACAAAGACUUCCUCGGAGUACCAGGAGCAAUAUCCAUAUCGCUAGGCCUGCCAAUUGUUGUUGUUCUACUAUAUCUGCUUAGCAAUCCAGAUUAUGUAGUGGAUGGAUUCUACAUAGACUUUGGUAAGGUGAUCGAGGUCUGUAACAAGCAUUUCGUAGAAGAAUUUUAUUCAACUUUUGCAAACUCCACCUGUUGGAAAAUUUACUUGGGUUGGUUUGGUGGUUUAAUAUGUUUAGAUUUGGUCCUGCCAGGGAAACUGUUGAAAGGUGUAAUAUUAAGAGAUGGAACUCAGUUGAAGUACCAUAUCAACGGCCUACCUAUGGCCGGCCUUCUAGCCUCCAUUUUAGUGGCAAGGUGGUUUCAAACUAAUGGAUCAAUGCCUGAGCUACAAUUUCUUUACAACAACAUCCUCAACUUUUCCAUUGUGACAAUCGAGUUUUCAUUUAUCUUAGCAACAGCUUGCUAUCUAUUUUCGUUCAUUCCUUUAAGGAGACCAAAUGGAGUCAAUACAAGGUCAAGGAUCCUUGCGGUUGGAGGCAACACUAAAAACCCAAUUUUUGACUGGUUUAUUGGUAGGGAAUUGAACCCAAGAAUAGGAUCUUGGGAUAUUAAACUUUUCUGCGAACUAAGGCCUGGAAUGUUACUUUGGUUGCUGAUUAACUUGUCAUGUUUGCACCAACAGUAUUUGAAGGAAGGAAAAAUAUUCGACUCUCUUUUGUUAGUUAACUUCUUACAGAUGUUCUAUAUAAUUGAUGGAGUGUUGAAUGAAGAAGGUCUUUUAACUAUGAUGGACAUAGCCACAGACGGAUUCGGAUUUAUGUUGGCUUUUGGUGAUCUUACUUUGGUCCCCUUUACUUAUUCACUGCAGUCUCGAUAUUUGGUUUUGAAGCCAGUCCAUUUAGGGUUAUUCAAUAUGAUCCUGAUAUGUAUCCUUGCUUUCACAGGCUAUUAUAUUUUUCAUUCAGCUAAUAGUCAAAAGUCGAAGUUUCGUCAAGGCUUACUUCCAUCCAUGAAAUCAAUUGAAACCGAAACUGGGUCUAAACUGCUAGUAGACGGUUGGUGGAGGCGUUCUCAGCAUAUCAACUAUCUAGGAGACUGGUUAAUCGCAUGGAGUUGGUGUCUACCGACAGGGUUUAACUCAGUUCUGCCAUACUAUUAUGUGAUAUAUUUUGGGGUAUUGUUGGUCCAUAGACAAACUAGAGACGAGGAUAAAUGUCAACGAAAGUAUGGCAAGUAUUGGACGAUGUACCAAAAAGAAGUACCUUACAAAAUUAUACCUUAUGUGUACUAA